GUGGCGUCUAUCACAAGCGGCGCAUGAUGGCAACAGCUGAUAUGUAAUUCACUCCCCGGUCCGGCGGUCCCAGGCCAUCGUCCCCAUAUUCAAACUUCCAGGUAGCUCUCUCACGGAUCACCGUGGAACCGUGAAGACAUCACCAUUGUUCGCUGUCCGAAAAAACUUCCGAGCCCCGAGAUGUCCGCGACUCAGUCCGAGUACGACCUCGUGGCAUCUGGCGGGCCUCGUUUCGGGAUUGGGGAGUACGCUUUCGCCGACGCCGGGAAAGUGGAGCAUUGCGCUAAGUACCUGAACCAGACGCUAGUGACCUUCGGAUUCCCCGCCUCACUCGAUCUCUUUGCUGCUGAUCCCGUCUCGAUUGCAAGGACAUGUAAUUGCAUCUAUUCUCUACUUCAACAAAGGCAGCGCGACAUUGAGUUUAGGGAGUUAUCUAAUGAGCAGAGGCAGAGAUUGCAGUCGGAUAUAUCAAGGUUGGAGGCCAAGGUUGAAAGGCUUGAGGCACAAUUAGCUGCAAAAGAUCGAGAGCUAGCCACUUUAACUCGAACGGAGGCUAAAAAUACUGCAGCUUUGAAGGCUCAAAUUGAAAAGUUGCAGCAGGAACGUGAUGAAUUUCAGCGAAUGGUCAUGGGUAAUCAGCAAGUGCGCACACAACAAAUACAUGAAAUGAAGAAAAAAGAGAAGGAAUACAUCAAACUACAGGAGAGGCUAAACCAAGUGUUAAUGGAGAAAAAGAAGGAAUCUCGGUCAGGGAUGGAGAUAAUGAACUUACUGCAGAAAGAAGGGCGUCAGCGUGGAACAUGGAAUGGAAAGAAGGCUGACAGUGAUUUCUAUAAAAUGAUUGUUGAUGCAUAUGAAGUAAAGAAGCAAGAGUUGAUGGCAGAGAACUCUGAUUUGCGGGCUUUACUACGUUCUAUGCAGAUGGAUAUGCGGGACUUUUUAAAUGCUCCAAAUGGGCUGUCCCAACAAACUGUCACUGUCAAUGAAAAACAAGAGGCAGGAUCUCCUCAGUCUCCAUUAGGUGGCAGGACGGAUGUCUUUGAUCUACCUUUCCACAUGGCUAGAGUUCAAAUAGAAGAGAGCUUACGAACUAAGAUGUCUUCAAUUAAGGCAAGGAUGCUACAACUUCAAGAUGCACAAAAAGGAGCAGAGUUGACCUCUGAAGCAACUGAGAGAGAGCUUGAACUCGAAGCUCAACUUGUUGAAGCUAGGAGCAUCAUUCAAGAGCAGGCUUCAAUAAUGUCCAAACAUUUUGCUAAGUCUGAGAAGCCAAGGAUAUUGAGUGGCCAUUUAGAUGCUGAAAGAGAAGGGAUCCAUUCAGCAUCUGCCGAGGUGUGCAAAGCUUUAUCCUCCUGAAAAUCGUUGACAGUUUUGUAAUAAUCCUUGCCUACACCGAGCUUGAGCAGUUCCUGUUUAUGUAUAUAAGGUUAGGGGAUAUAAUUCAAAAAUGAAUUGUUCAAGUGACAUGUCUUUGAGCAGCACGUAACCAUGUGCAUAAGCCUCAUAUCCCUUAAAUGAAGUAAGCAACAUUGACCGUGCCUAGUAUUUUGGGGUUUUAACACUAACCCUAGGUAGUGCUCUGCUGCAUAAGCAUCUGGCCAACCUUCUCUUCUAAUGUUUAAGCAGUUUUGCAGAAAUUGACCAAUGGAUGUGAGUGGUCAUACAUCAUAUGGGCUAUUCUGAAAGCCCUAAUUUGUCAAAGUUAUUUCAGCUACUUUUAUUUGCCAUGCAAAUCAUUCUGUAUUGUUAAUGGAUGCACUCAGAAUGCCCACAAACCAGGUUCUUUGUGCUUGCUUCUCAUUUGAUGCCAACAUGCUCAUUUUGCUGUCAGAAGUUCACCUAAAAUUCCAGCGUGCAGC